UGUUUUUCGCCAAUUAUGCGAACCCACUGCACAUGUCAGGAACUUUCACUUUGUAAUAUUUACUUUUUUCUCUGCAAGUAAACCGAGCUCCAUAUGGACAUCUCGGAUUCUAAUUCUAUAUCACAGGAUGUGAGCAUGGACGGAUUAAGUGAUGAUUCAAAUCUGGCCAGUACAUCAUCCUGGAAUGGAAUAUCUUCCACAGAACCAAUGGACGGAGACCACGGGGCCGAAGAAGAUAUUGAAUCCUAUUACUUUGAGUCAGAUCAUCUCGCAUUCCGCGGAAACAGCGAUUAUAACAUGAUGCUGAAAACUAUAGCCUUGCUAGAGGCACAAAGAAUUCAAGCCAUUUCGGAUAUUGAGAAAUUACAUGAAUGCAUGGAUGGCGCUCUGAAAGACCCCAUUGACUUCGUUAAUAAGCUGCAGCAUGGUGCAGACCUGGGAUUACCGAAGGCACAGCGGGUGGCGGAGUUACCUGCUAUUAACUGGGAGAAAUACACGAGCUCUGUUGACUUUUCGAGUCUGGGUUUUCCAAAGCAUGUUACACGAUUAAAAAAGCAGUUAGUCGAGGGGCCUGGCAAUCCGGAAUAUUUGGACGAAUCGAUGAAAGCAGAGGGUGAUGUGAAGUACGUUCGAGGUAGAGUAAAGAAAGAGGACAAGCCAGAAACCUUCAACAAGUUAUGGACAGCAGAAGAACAAAAAAGAUUAGAGCAACUUCUAUUAGAAUUUCCACCAGAGGAAGUUGAAGCCAAACGCUGGGCAAAGAUUGCAAGUGCACUUGGAAACAGAACACCAAUUCAAGUGGCAAGCCGAGUACAGAAGUACUUCAUAAAACUGGCAAAAGCAGGACUUCCUAUUCCUGGGAGAUUACCAAACAUAUCCAUUCACAGACCAAAGCAUUCUCACCGCCACCAAAGAUUUCAAAAGUUUUAUUAUCAGGCCUCCACAUUCAUGACAUCACACGAACCCCCAGUCUAUAUGUCUGAUGAUGAGAAUUUGGAGUCGUUUUAUGGCGGCAAUGAUUCACGAGAAAAUUUUGUCAGUUCUGGAUUCCAUUUCUCUGACAAUGAAGAUGAGCCGGAUGAAGACGACAGCAUUCCUUUAGAGCUGUAUCAUACCUCGGAGUAUCAAGAACUGGUGCAACUGAAGAAAAUGAAACGUCAAAAAUUGAAAGUAAAAAGUGAAGCAAGCUACCAACAUACUGGCUUCAAAUGUGAUAGCUGCAACCGUGAACCAAUUAUUGGCAUUAGGUGGCAUUGUCAGGAUUGCGAUCAGGAAGACUGUGUGGAUUUUUGUGAUAAUUGCGUAAACAGGAAUGUGGAGAUAGGGCAUCACAACUCUAGUCAUCGUCUGAUAGCUAUAACCAAAGAAUCCAUCGAUAGUGAUUACGAUUCUCAAACCUUCAUGCCAGAUGGCUAUAACUACCUGGACCCCAACUACAUGCCUGCAACUUAAAAAAGUCGAGAGUACGUGCAUACCUAAAAAUGGAGUGUAGAUUGACAGGAAGAGAAUUUUAUCUGGUGGAAUAAAUUCUGAAGCUUAUUUUGAAUAAAGUUGAAUGCAAAGUCUGUUCAUCUUUAUGUUGGGAAGAGGUUAAUCUGUAAUCUAUAUAUAUAAUUUAUGCAGUUGGUCUAACAAUAUCUGCCGAAGACAUGUUUUGUUGUACAUAUUGCAUAAUAAAUCAUGUUUAAGAAAUAUAUUUAAACAAUUGUGAAAUGUUGUUUACAUGGCCUCUUGUUUCAAAUGUCAGAGGAAAUAGGUCUACAUGCAGCAAACAUUUCCUGGCUCCACUGAGAGCCUACCAUUCCACAUUCCAUGCUUACAGAAAGGUACAUGUGUAUAUUGAUAUUUUACAGAUGAUUUACAAUGAGGUGUGCACUUGUACUUCAUUUCUUUAUUUUGGGAAUAACUAUCUUCUCCUAUGUUAUUAGAGACUGUUGACCUUGAUUCAGCUGAACUGUAAACAUAGUUUUACUGGCAAUAUGUUGGUGGAGAUGGUAAAACGGAUGUUUGUGGUCAUGAAAUCAGCAUCAACAAUCACAAAUGACAAAGGAGAUAGUUAUUCCCAUUCUAAUGCAGUUUUGCUUGAUGUUUAUGUUGUAUUUCAUCAAGUUUUGCUUUUUAAAAAGAUAAAAUAUGUCAUGAAAUAUUUACAUUUGACAUUAUAUUUUUUCAUCAUUCUAUAUUAUGACAUCGCAAUCAAUUUUUUUUGUCUUUUUCUUGCUUGUUUAACUGCUUAAUUAAACCUCAGUGCAUUAGCCAAUCAAAAUGCAAAUCACAAAACGGUAGCAUUAAAAUAUUUUUAUGCCUCUGCCAUGAAAUGGUGGGGGCAAAUAGUAUUACCCCUUUCCUUCUGGCAUACAGUGUAAUUUGUUAAGUUUUCCAGAUUUUUUCUCUCUUUUUUGCUGUCUUUUAAUGUAGAUAAUGAAGUAAUAUUUGGUAUACAUCUUUUUAUAUGACAACUUACAGAUCAAGUUCAAGUUUCAUGUUGUUUGAUCUAUUUCAAUUAAGUUAUUGCCCUUUAAAUAAACUUUGAAAAUUUUUAA